AAUGCCCCGUUAUGUGAAGUUCAUGAAGGAGAUAUUGUCUAAGAAGCGAAAAAUGGAGGACUAUGAAACAGUGGCAUUAACUGAGGAGUGUAGCGCCAUUUUGCAAAAGAAACUACCGCCCAAGCUUAAAGAUCCGGGUAGUUUCAAUAUUCCAUGCUCUAUAGGGGGUUCAGUGGAAACUAAAGCUCUAUGUGAUCUGGGAGCAAGCAUUAAUCUAAUGCCGUUGUCUGUCUUCAAAAGGCUAGGAUUGGGAAAAGCAAAGCCCACAACAGUGACUCUACAACUAGCGGAUCGUUCUCUAACUCAUCCUCGUGGCAUAAUUGAAGAUGUACUGGUGAAGGUUGGUAAGUUUAUCUUCCCUGCUGAUUUCUUAAUUCUUGAUAUGGAGGAAGAUUCAACUAUUCCCAUUAUUUUGGGAAGACCAUUCUUGGCCACGGGUCGAGCAUUAAUAGAUGUUCAAAAGGGGGAGUUAAAGUUGCGAGUCCAAGAUGAAGAGGUCAAUUUUAAUGUUUUUGCCCCAACUGACAUUCCUACCUGUUGCAAGAUUGAGGUGGUGAAGGGUUCUUUUGUUAAAACUGAUAAGAAGAAAGCAAAGCCUAAAGAGCGACUUCGAACGAUUCAGCGUCGUUGGAAAAGAUUGAUGUGUGGUAGUUCUGAAGGUGAGCUUACUCUUGUGCAAAACUCUGAAAUCAACACUAUUGGUGGUAAAUUUUCUUCAUUUAGUGCGAGGGCUCUUUUGAAUGCAAAGGGUGGACUUGAUCCCUUCUGAUGGGGCUCAGGUAAGUUUCUCUCAUCCUGGUUUAUUUUCACACAUUGG